AUAACCUGAAACUCACUUCCAGAGUAACUAUAACUACAAAAAUGAACAAUUUCGUUUCAUCUAUUUUUAUUUUUUCGUCGUUAUUUAUUUGGGUUUAUGCUAAAACGCCAUCAUUUUAUCGACAAAAUGAACCAAGGGUAAUAGGAGGACAAGAUGCUUACAGUGGUCAAUUCACAUUCGCAGCUGCUAUUUAUACUCAAACUCCAGACACCAGAUUCUUUUGUGGGGGAGCCUUGUUAAGCACAGAGUGGAUUUUGACUGCUGGUCACUGUGUUAAUAAUGGUAUCAUUUUCACUAUUCAGUUAGGGUCCAUCACCUUAAACAGCGAUGAUCCGAACCGUGUUAUUGUUGCAUCUUCAGAGUACGUUGUGCAUCCAGAUUUUAAUCCUGAGUCGAUUGAAAAUGAUAUUGGAUUGAUAAAGUUGCGAUUACCUAUCACUCUAACUACCUAUAUUCAACCUACUACUUUACCAAUACAACCAUUGUACAACUACACGACGGUUACAGUACUAGGAUGGGGCCAAACGAGUGACUAUGAUCCUGAGCUUUCGGACAAUUUAAAAUUCGUGUAUGUUGCCUCUAUUUCAAAUGCUGAGUGCAGAAUGAUCUACGGAAGCCAAAUUUCUGAAAAUAUGGUGUGCGUUCAAGGGAACUACAAUCAGGGAACUUGCACGGGAGAUAACGGUGGUGCUUUAAUAGAAUAUUUGGGAAGAUAUCCUUAUUUGGUUGGAAUUGCAAGUUUCGUUAGUGCCAAUGGUUGCGAAAGCACAAAUCCUUCAGGAUAUACCAGAACGUUUCCUUUUACCGAGUGGAUAAAGAGUGUAAUAGACAUCUAAUUGGUUAUAGGAUUAAUUCAUAAACUACAAUCACAAUAAUAAAAAUAAUGAUAUGUAACAGCGCUACAGAGACCUCUUACUAAUUUGAGUAUUAUUUAAUAAAGCAUUAGAAACCUUAGAAAAA